AUGUCCUCUACAACACCAGUUCAAGAGGGGUCCUCGUCUGGAGAGGGACUCCGAAAGCAGAUUCGCUGCGUCGAGGAGUUUUAUAGCGUCUUCAGCAGAUAUCCCAUCAUAACUACACCUGCCGUCAACAUUGGUCUCGAGAGAAUCCGCAUGUGCCACAGGCUCAUGGCCGAGGAGAACCAAGAGUAUCUAGACGCAGCUGAGGCAGGCGACCUCGUCGAAGUGGCCGACGCACUAGGCGACAAGCUGUAUAUCCUGUGCGGCACCAUCAUUGCGCACGGCAUGCAGGACAUCAUCGAGGACGUGUUUGCCGAGAUUCACAGGAGCAAUAUGACCAAGUUGGGAUCGGACGGCAAGCCCAUCCGCCGUGAGGGAGACGGCAAGAUCCUCAAGGGGCCCAACUACUCGCGGCCUGACUUGAAGGGCAUUGUGGAGAGUAAGGUGGUAAAAGAAGAAGAGAAGAAGUAG